AUCCAUUCUACAAGACACUAUUCGCUAUACAGUAUUAGUCUACCGCAGUCACUGACUUGUCAAAGAACACUUUGCUGUCAACAGUCAACAGUCUACAUCUCCAUAACCUCCCUACGCCUCCCUUCCGCUAGAUCGCAUCUCCUUGUCAUCAACAAGGACUCACCUCCUUUCACUACCCUCACCUCAAUCCUCAAUCCUCCUCCCUCCAUCAUCCACAUAUCCUUCUCUCGCACACAGACAGCCAUGUCUUUCUUCACCCGACAAAUGGCUACCAAGGUGCCCAAACUGUCGACAACAGCACGAGCAUUUUCGACAAGUCGGCCAUCGCAAUUGGCGCGCAUAACAGUCAUUGGUCGUCUGGGCGCCGACGCCGAAAGUUCAGAAACAGCCAAAGGGAAUGCGAUGAUCAAAUAUGUCAUUGGCAGCAAUUCUGGCACCAAAGAGAACCCAGAGACUUCGUGGUUCCGUGUCGUGUCCUUCCCCAAGACUGAUGCAAGCAAAGAGUAUCUGUCGUCUCUCCCUAAAGGCACCCUGGUCUAUGUGGAGGGAGAUGUUUCUAUGCAAAGCUACCAGGAUAAUGAAGGGAUCAAGAGAACGGGCAUUAACAUCGUGCAGUCCAAGUUGGAGGUCUUGAAGAGGAAUAGCCCGAAAGAGGAGGAGUAGGCUUAAGCGACUUGAAUCAACUUCUUCUUUUGGAGGGAUGAAAGAGAAAGAGAAGUUCUUUCUGACAAGGUUGGAACAUGUGUAUAAUUUGAUGUUGGGCCUGGAAUAUGGAGUACAAAUGAGAGGAGAGGAGCUCAUCUAACGUGGGUGUAUAUCAAUCUCGCAGCUCACCACCAGAAUUUAAGGAUUCAUUCCUCCAUCUGUUUGAAAGACA